AUGGGAAUAUAUAAAGGAUUUGUUGCGUGUGGAGUUUUUCUCGUGUGCCUUGUUUCGUCACAAAAAUUAAAAACACCUGAGGUAUAUUACCUUCAUGUCACAUCGGAAAUUGACUUCCGGUUUGCCGAAACUGUAGUAACCAGUAAAGUUGUCAAUAAGGAACCGGUUGCGAGGGAAGCCGUGUUCGAUUUUACUCUUCCAAAUGAGGCUUUCAUAACAGCAUUUAAAUUGACAAUAAAUGGCAAAGAAAUUAAUGGCAAAGUGAAAGAAAAGGAACAAGCCAAACAGGAAUUUGAGGCUGCCAAAGCAAAAGGACAGAGUGCAGGUCAUAUUGUAGCCAAACCUAGGGAAACAAACAAGUUUCAAAUCCAAGUCAAUGUAGCAGCCCAAGAAAAAGUGACAUUCGAGUUAACAUACCGGGAACUUCUCAGACGAACUAAAGGCUUAUACAACCAUGUUAUUUACAUCAAUCCUGGACAAGUGGUAGACGACUUAAAAAUCAACGUCUUAAUCAAGGAAUCAAGAAAUAUUACUACCAUCAAAACCCCGCCAAUAAGAAAUGACCUUCUUACGGAAGGUCCUGAAGGAACCAACCAGCUUGCCGUGGUUAACCGUAUAUCUCCAACAAAAGCCUUUAUUUCGUACGAGCCGUCCAGAGCAGAACAAGAGUCCGGGAUCUCUGGUCAGUUUAUUGUUCAGUACGAUGUGGACAGAAGUGACAAUGCAGGGGAUAUUCUGGUAAUGGAUGGUUAUUUUGUGCAUUUCCUGGCACCCGAAGGAAUCGAACCGAUGCCAAUGGAUAUUGUGUUUGUACUGGAUAAAAGUGGUUCAAUGAGUGGAAAGAAAAUAGAACAGCUUCAGGAAUCCAUGUAUAAGAUCAUAGACGAUAUAAAGUCGGAAGAUAAAAUAAUGAUCAUCGCAUUUGACUCCUCGCUGUCUUAUUGGAAACCUGAAUUUGUACAGGCAACAUAUUCAAACAAAAACGCAGCCAAAGACUACAUAAGACAAACUACUGCGAGAGGAGGGACAAAUAUAGAUCUAUCUUUAAGAGAAGGUCUUCAGAAGCUAACGCAAAUAAAUGGAACCAAAGAAAGGGCACCUCUCAUGGUUUUCCUAACCGAUGGACAAGCCACUUCCGGAGAAACUAGAACUGAAAGAAUACUAGAAAACGUGAAGAAACAAAACGAAGCCCAACUGCCUAUUUUCAGUCUUGCCUUUGGAAGAGGCGCUGAUUUUGAUAUAGUCAAAAGACUUGCAGCACAGAAUAACGGGUUUGCAAGAAAAAUCUACGAAGAUGCAGAUGCAGCUCUUCAGAUAGCUGGAUUUUACGAAGAAAUUUCAACCGUUUUACUAAAGAAUGUUUCAUUAAACUAUGUUGAUGGAACACUAUAUGACACUACAGUUACCGAGACCAACUUCAACACUUACUUCAGAGGUACCGAAAUGGUUGUUGCAGGAAAAGUAAAAGAUCUGAACAAGCUACAAUCAGGCAUGACAGUAAAUGGAGAAGGAAGUAGAAACAGCGUGUCUCUUCGCAUACCUGCCAAUCACGGAAUCAUUAUCCCAUGGCCACGCUCUCCUUUUCCUCCGCAUCCACCCAGACCAUUUUCCACUCCUUUACCCCCCGUCACCACAAGAAAUCCCGGAAUAAUGGAAAAACUCUGGGCGUAUUUGUAUAUCAAACAACUGCUGAGAGAUAAAGAUGCACUUGAUUCACCGGCAGAGAUCAAAAAGUUGGAAGACAAAAUUCUCCAGCUUUCCCUAAAGUAUCAGUUUGUAACGCCACUAACUUCGAUGGUGGUGACUCUGCCCGAUAAAACCAAAGCAAAUACAAGUGAGGUGAAGGCAGCAGAAUCCAGUCUGACUGAAUCUUUUUCUUCUAGCAUGUCUUUAAACAGAGGAGCACCUGCACCACGACUAAUGCCUUCAGGUGGUGCCAAUGCAAUGAUGCUUCCUCAAUCUUUAUCCUCAUCUAAUCUUCAACAAAGACUAUCACCAGGAAUAUCUAGUCGAUUCAAUAUGGCAUCAAGACCUAGCUUGAGGAAUUCAUUGUCCAGACCUAGCUUGAGGAAUUCAAUACCUAGCUUCGCCGGGGGCUUCCCCGGACCUCAAAGAAGGCCAUCUAUCUUCUUUACAACCACCACCACCACCACCACUCAAAAACCUGUAACACCAUCUAUACCAAAGCCAAGGACUCUAGAGAAAUCCCAGGUUCCUUCUUUUGGAGUUAUCCUUCCUGGCCUAGCGAAACCCCUUUGCUUUGAUUUACCAAUGACCUCAUCUACCAUGUACACUAUCCUAAAAUUAACAUCAACAGGCUACCGUAUUGACGGUCAGUUUGGGACAGAGAUAAUAAAUAAAAUCACAGUGAAAGAUGGCAGGGUAGUGAGCUUUGCUUCCGACCGGGGAGACAUUUCCAAAACCCCUGUAUAUCAGAAGGAUAUCAAUGACGUCACUGUAACAGCCAUUAACACACCACUGGGUUUACAACUCUGGGCGGAAUUCACGACUACAAAAAAUAACUUGGAAGGGAUCUUAUCCAUCUUCAGCGACUACAGUGGUAAACUUGUUGACAAAGUGAUGGAGUCAGGUGAAUUUGCCGCUUAUGUCGACCUGGUGCAGACAAAUGGACAACAGACCUCUCUGAGAGCGAUUACCAAAAAAUUUGGGGACGGGGUGUGUUGGUACUUGGACAGUGAAACCAUUAAGAAGUUUUACACAAAUAUGUCUCAAUUUCAAGUCGCUGGAGUGUAAAAAUGUUUGUCUCUUCCCUCUACAUGUAUGUUGACCAACUUCUUGUUGAACAUCAAUCUGUUGAAUUGUAAUUAUGAUGGAUUAAACACUAUUAAAUUAA